GUUUCCUUUAAAUUAAGCACUUAUUUUUUUAAUUAUUAAGUGUUGAGAUCGUGGUGGAGAGAUGGGUUCAGAGACGUUUUUGGAGGUGAUUUUGGCUAUUUUGCUACCACCUGUGGGAGUUUUUCUACGUUAUGGGUGUGGUGUGGAGUUUUGGAUCGAUCUGCUGUUGACAAUACUGGGUUAUAUACCAGGAAUAAUUUACGCCAUAUAUGUUUUGGUAGGAUAGUUUUUUCUAAAUCUUUUUUUUUUAUAAUAUUUGUUUAAUGUAUGAUGAUGAUGAUGAAGAUGGAGGAACCGAGCAACUAAUCACAUGUAGAUCUGGUGUUAUGA